GCUUUGUACAGUAUGUGAUGUCAUGGUUCUUUCUCCAGAAAUGUGUCAUUGUCUUCAGUCACUCAACCCCAGACAGCGGCGGAGUGGAACAAGAGCAGGAGUUUGACAAUGAUGCUGCCUCCUGUCCGACCAGUAACGUGGCUCAGUUUGCUGAUUUUGUGGAGCUCACAAAGUGAGACAGACGGGAAAGUUUUAGACGUCUGUGCAGAUGAAAAGUUAAGACUGAGCGAACUCAUGGAACAGUGCUCUUCAGGACACGACCUUGAAAUAGAUAUUAGCGAGGAAGACUUCUCAUGCUUCCUUUACCCAUCAGACUUACUCAACUGUUCCUGGUCUUUAAGUAAAUUACCCACAGAGGCUAAGCUUUCAGUCUAUAUCAGUGUUGAUGAGAGUGGCAGAACAGUCCAGGAGUUUGUGUCUGAGGAGAGAGUUGGAUCAAUCAGACGCCAGUUUCCAACGGACCAUAAUCUGAUACAUGUCAUCCAGCAUUUCAACGUGUCCCUACGCAACAUGUGGACCGUCCAGUCCUACAUGUACGUCAUUGAAACAUUAGAGGUUCUUCCCCCACCUCCAAACGUCAUUGCAUCUUUUAGAAAUGGAAGUUUGUUGGUGACAUGGGGUCUGCCCUCCUGUCGUAAAAACUGCGUUCCUCGCUGCUUGCACUACAACCUACUCAUAGACGACCAGGAGAAAUUUGUGACUGAAAAGCUGUCCUAUACGGAGCUGAACGUGGACACCACCCACACCUACAAAGUGAAGAUAAGGACCAUGAAAGUGGAGUAUUUUUGUGAGGGAUCACAUAAGUGGAGCGACUGGAGUCCAACUGUCACUGUUCAGUCAGUACAAGGAUUCAAACCCCUGGUAAUCGUAGCAAUUUCACUUGGAAUACCCAUGAUCCUCCUGGCCCUGCUGCUCUUUUUCCGACAUCUGAGCCUGUAUAAAGUCCUCUUCCCUCCCAUACCCCGGCCUCCUCCAAAAUACAUGCAUUUCCUGGAGAAAAAUGACACAUUCAAUUUACACUCUCCUCCCUCACCGGCCAAACCUGAGGAGAUAACAGAGGUACUGGACACAGAGGAAACUCCUGGAAAGGCAGUGGAUUAAGUGAAUUAUGAGCACAUGCAGUACCCACUGAGUCCACUAAGAGGCACAUUUUCAUACAUUUCCAACCACCAAUCCUCCCAUCUGUGUUCUGAAUUUAUCUAAAUUGGGUGGAAGAUACAAAACAAAACCCCUGAUAAGUCAUGUCUCAGUAACAGAAGAUUUGUGCUGGACUUCCAUCACUGGUGUCUUUAAAAAUCUAUUUGAAAUGACUCAGAAACGGGAGAAAUAUCAACAGAGAAGGUAAAGUAUUAAAGUUUACAUUAAAGUCACAGCUUUGGAAAGAGUUAUAAGAACCAUUAUGGAGACUAUAAAGUAGUGAGAAGUAAGCAUUUGUCAUAAAUAUAGUUUCUAAAGCCAUUAUUUGUGUGCACAUGAAGAAAUUAGCUGCAACAAAACAUCUGAAUAGCAACAAAACAUAUACAAAUAAAGAAAAGACAGAAAUAUAAAGAAUAUCUGAAACAAUUAAUACCCUUAAAAGAGACCAAGGAAUAUCUCCAAAUCAUUUCUAAAGCUUUUCAUAAUUAUUUUUUUAAAUAUAUAUUUAUUCAUUUUUUCAUUUUUACAAAAAACAACAUAAACAUCAAACAGCCCCCCCCACCCCCCUCCCACACAUCAAUGAAUUUACAGUAACACAGUCCUGACAGCAAUAAAUUAAUAUGCUACAAAUUAGUAAUUGUAUAUCAAAUAAAAGAAAGAAAAGUGUAUGUAAUGCAGAAAACAACAAGGUCAAUCACUCACAUCAGUCACCUCAUUGAAGAAAUUUUAACACAAGGCCCCAUAACUGGUCAAACACUAUGCCAAACACUUGAUUUAUCACCAUUUAUUUAUAAUAUUAUUCUCUGUAUUUUGUAUUUUAUUAGUAUAAGUCAGGUAUUUUCUUGUAUUUAAUUCACUGAUCAUGUAGAUGUUCAUAAAAGCUCAGAUUAAAGUUAUGGGUUAUUAUAUAAGAAAUAGACAAAACUGAAGAAAAAAGGAAUUUUUCAGUAAAACAUACCAUUAAAUCAACCUAAACAUAGUGCCUCCAUCCACUGUCAUUGAUCCAACUCCAUGGGUUUUACUGGCGAAUCAAUAAUGCAGAAAAUGAGUGUUUCCACGGUAACUUCAGAGCCUCUGAAUGUCCAAAUGAGUCAUUUCUGAUG